GUUGUAGAAGCCGAGACUUCAACUGGCCCACGAAUCGCUCCAAUGCGGAGACUUUUUCACAAUCGAAUCUUACAGAAUUGUUGACAGCUCCUUUGAGAAGAAUAAGAUGUUAACAUCAAAAUCUGUUUUCAUGAGGAAUCCCGUACACCAUGGAACACGAUCCAUUUUGUGUGCGAUCAAGCUAACAAUGUCCUUUUCCUCAAAGCCUCAAGUUGCAGAAAAUCAGUCGUUCUUCACACCUUUACCUCCCAAGGAUUUAGCGCUGCAAUUUAAACAUCAAAUUGCUGGCAGGAAAUACCUACCUGGAUCUGGUGGAAAGGGCCUCCCGAAAUUCCUUUCAUCCGCAAGAGAAGGAUUUCCAUUUGCUUUGCGCGCCGAAUCUAUUGAUCACCUGACCCCUGAUAAAUGGGGUCAGCUUUGCCGGGAACAGCUCGAUAGAGUUCUUCCAAAAUACAACGCUGUCUUAUUUCGCAAUCUGCCCCUUUUUGAAGCCGGAGAUUUCGCCAAGUUUGCGGACAACCUCGGCUACAAACCAACGAAUUACGAAGGUGGUACCGGAAACAGAUACUUAGCAGAAGGUGAAACGGAAGUGUAUUUAUCCACCAGUGAUCCCCCAGAUUUUAACAUCGAGCUUCAUAAUGAGAUGGCUUGUUCACCAGUUCAUCCCAAGAAGGUCAUUUUCUUUUGUCUCACUGAGCCUAACGAAGAAUGGGGAGGUGUAACUCCGCUGGUCAGAAAUAAUGAGAUCUACGAUCAGCUUGAUCCGGAAGUGGUAAGGAUACUGGAAGAAAGACAAAUACGCUACACGCGAUACCUACCUGACGAGAAACAUCAUCCCUAUGCCUCUUGGCAACAGUCGUUUAUGACCAAAGACCCAAAGAAGGUGGAGGAAUACUUGAAAAGAGAAAAGUUCAAUUACGAGUGGGAGGAAAGCACUGGAAAUCUGUAUUACUGGUAUGUACUCCCACCACUGGCGACUCAUCCAGUUACAGGCCGCAAAAUUUGGUUCACACAACCAAACGUUCAUCACAACACGUACUACAAGGAGUCCCCCAUGUUUGAUGGCGUGUCUCUCCCCAACCACAUGUAUCCAACUCACACACUUUAUGGCGACGGAAGUGAGAUUGACCCAGAGGUGAUUGAACAUGUCCGGGCGACGGGUUGGCGAAAUGCUGUGGGAUUUCCAUGGCGGAAGAGAGAUGUGCUGGUGCUGGACAAUCUUGCUGUUCAACAUGGCCGACUGAGCUUUAAAGGAGACAGGCUCCUUCUCGCCUACUUGACGGCUGAAUGAAUUAGUUUAGUCGUCGGAAAUGUGAGACGUAUGUAAAUAAAAAAAACUGUGUCCUUAAGAGCUGUGAAUAAUCAGAUCGAUAUUGUAAUCUGUGCCUUCAGUAUUGCCUCCAUUGCCUCCCCAAAGUACUGCAAGGUCCAUUAAAUUUGUUCAAGUAGUGUUAAUACGGACGUUAUCACGUUAUCAGAGUCACUUUUGUAAAAGUAAUCAAAAUAAAGCUUUUAAUAGUGGCC